AUGGCCGACGGCACGAAGAAUCUCCCAUACUGGCAGAUCGGCGUUCCGGAAGAGGAACGGACAGAAGAGUGUCCCGAAUACCUGCGAAACAUGAAGGUCCGGGACUUGGAGAUUCUCAACAUACCCGACUCCGAAUUCUCCAUCAUGGCCUGGGAGGAGGUGCUGACGGAGGUCGCGGCGAAUCGGAUCGACUAUCUCCGCCGCCUUCCCUCGGACUUGCGCCGAUACCAUGCUUUUACUUGGAAACUCAAGCAGGACUACGGAAGUGUCACGAACUUUCUUCUCGAGAAGAGGCUCGGGUGGAGCUUGCCUCUGGAGCCAAGGGGCGCCCCGUUCGAGUGCAGCGGUGAUAUUAAGAUUCUGUACAAUGACUGGCCCUACGGCGUUGACCCACGCAUCGUCCACCUUUUGGUGUGGACCAAGUUUCCGCUACGGGAGGAUCCUGAGACUGGAGACCUUACGGCUGAGGAGAGGGUUGCCAUCGACGAAUACGUGAAUAAGACUUUCCGGACUAAAGUCCCUGCGGAUCAAGUGUUGUGGUUCCGCAACUGGAACAGCCUCAAGUCGGUUCGAACCGUCGAGCAUUUCCAUGUGAUGCUCUUUGACCCUGACAUGGAGUUCGUCAAGGGGAUUACGAACGGGGACAUUCCAUAUUCUAGGAGAAUCAUGGCCAACGUUGAAAUCCCGAACGACUCCCAUCCCGCCGUCGCAUGA